AUGGGUGUUUCAGAUCCCAAAGAAGAGAAGGAAGAGGAGGAAGUUUCCAGCGUCCUUGGCCACGGCCCUCCCGUCAGCACAGCCAGGCCUAGCAGAAGCUGGCGCAGCAGCAGGUCAGCCGCUGCGGCCCGCCAGCGUGACACCGAGAAUUCACGUGCCUCCAGAUCCAAGACCGGUUCCCUGCAGCUUGUCUGCAAGUCGGAGCCAAACGCAGACCAGCUUGAAUACGAGGUCACAGAAGAGCAUCAGUCUCCAGCUGGAAACAGCAGUGAUGAUGAGGAGGAGAUGCUCAUCAGUGAGGAAGAAGUUCCCUUCAAAGAUGAUCCAAGAGAUGAAACGUACAAGCCCCAUCUAGAGAAAGAAGCGCCAAAGCAAAGGAGAAAAGCUAGCAAGGGGAAGGAGGAAAAAGAGAAACAGAAAGAGAUUAAAGUAGAAGUGAAAGAAGAGAGUGAGUUUCAGGAAGAUGAAGAACCACCAAGGAAGAGGGGAAGGAGGAGAAAGGAUGACAAGAGCCCAAGGCUGCCCAAGAGAAGGAAGAAGCCUCCGAUACAGUAUGUCCGCUGCGAGAUGGAAGGCUGCGGCACAGUCUUGGCUCACCCACGUUACCUGCAGCAUCACAUAAAGUACCAGCACUUGCUGAAGAAAAAAUACGUGUGUCCUCAUCCCUCCUGUGGUCGGCUCUUCCGGCUCCAGAAGCAGCUCCUGCGCCAUGCCAAACAUCACACAGAUCAAAGGGAUUACAUCUGUGAGUACUGCGCCCGGGCGUUUAAAAGUUCUCAUAACUUGGCGGUGCACCGAAUGAUCCAUACGGGCGAGAAGCCCUUGCAGUGUGAGAUCUGUGGAUUCACCUGCCGGCAGAAGGCUUCCCUCAACUGGCACAUGAAGAAGCACGAUGCGGAUUCCUUCUACCAGUUCUCCUGCAACAUUUGCGGCAAGAAAUUUGAGAAGAAGGACAGUGUCGUGGCCCACAAAGCCAAGAGCCACCCGGAAGUGCUUAUUGCUGAGGCACUGGCUGCCAAUGCGGGUGCCCUGAUCACCAGCACCGACAUCCUGGGCACUAAUCCUGAGGCCAUUGCACCGCCCACCGAUGGCCAGGGCCUCCCCCUUCUUCCGGACCCCCUGGGAAGUGCUGCGCCGGCAGAUUGCCUGCUGCUGAGCCCCGAUGGGAUGCCGAAGACAUACUGUGGUGGGGCAGAGCGCAUGAGCCUGGUGGCUGACGGCAAGCUCUUUGUGGGCAGCGGCAGCAGUACAAACCCGGAGGGGCUGGUCAUGAACACAGAGAUCCUGGGAGCCACCACGGAGGUGCUCAUUGAAGAUUCAGACUCCACUGGACCCUAGUGGGCGGGGAGCAUGUGGGUGCUGGGACAGUUUGGACUCUGUAUUUAAAAGGAAAAAAAAAAAAAAAAAGAGACACUUACUGAAAGAGAGAAAAGUUAAACAAAACUUACAAUACUAGUAAAUAAUCGAAGGGUCUGCUCCCCUCCAGCGUGGAUCACAGCACAUCCUUUUUCCCAACCACUUCUCUCUCUCCCACCGCUCCUUUGUAGAAAGGGGCACAUGCUGCCAUUACCAGAGCAAGUUGGAUUGAGCGACGGAUUUCUCCGAGGGAGGGGGGGACUGCUGAAACCCUUCGCUCUACCCCAAAGCAGAUGCAUUUCUGGCUCCUUGAGGUGGUCCCACUUGCAAACUAGAAAGCAUUUGAUGUGCUCUGGACAAGUUUCUUAGGACUCCCGCUCGCCCCUGGUCCCAACUUCUAUGCAUCGCUGCACUCGGGUCCUUGCAGUCUCAUUCUUCCUCCCGGGGCUGGGAGUUUGGCUUGGCACUUUAGGCCCCCUCAGCAGGGUGAGCUGUGAAACAGCGCACGUCCCUCUCCCCACCGCGCUCCUCUGCUCCAGCUCUGGCAGGAAGUCGAGGGAACGCCCUGGCUCAUAGAUCAUGUUUGCUUGGAGAGGCCCGGGGGCUACGGGAGCCCUGCGUGGGAGAGGCAAGGAGGAGCAUCCCAGUUUGACGACAGUAAUUUGCACUUUGAACGUGUUUCGUUUUUUGUGUUGUGGUAACAAGAUUCCUUAUUUAUUGAUUAAAAAAGGGUCGGUAUUUUUUAGUUAUGUUCUUAGGGGGUGGGGGUGGAAGGGGUUCGGGCUAUUUCCCAGUAGGCUCCUUCGCAC